CAGUGACUCGCCGCUUUCCGAAUACUGAUCGACAUCGGUUGUCAGAAGUGUUAGAAUAUUCGGACCCCACAAAUCCGCGCGAAAUGGCUGACGGUCGCAUCGUCAAGAUGGAGGUCGACUACGAGAAAGACGUAGACGACAAGAUCAUCGCGACCAACGCUUUGGUGAAACAAGGCAAAUUGGACGAAGCAUUGGAUCAGCUUAUGGCCCUUGAGAAACAGACCCGUACCGGAGCGGAUACUCAUUCAACUGGUAGAAUCCUCGUUCAGGUUGUCAAACUGUGUUACGAAACUAAGAACUACACGAAACUGAACGAGAUGGUCGUUGCCCUGUCGAAGAGACGGUCCCAGAUGAAACAGGCAAUCCAAAAAAUGGUCCAGGAGUGCUGUGUGUACGUCGAUCAACUUGAAGGAUCAGAGAAGCUGAACCUCAUCGAUACCCUUCGGAAUGUGACCGCCGGCAAAAUCUACGUUGAGGUAGAACGCGCUCGAUUGACUUACAAACUGUCUCAGAUCAAAGAAGCAGCAGGGGACAUCGAAGGCGCGGCGAACAUCAUGUACGAAAUGCAGGUGGAAACUUUCGGAUCGAUGGACAAACGAGAGAAGGUCGAACUCAUCCUCGAGCAGAUGAGACUCGGUUUUGCGCGCAACGAUUUCAUCAGAGCCGCCAUCAUCUCGAAGAAGAUUUCCGUUAAAUUCUUCGAUGAUCCAGAGCAGCAGGAUUUGAAGCUCAAAUACUACGAGCGCAUGAUAACUCUUUGCGAGCAUGAUUCGAAAUAUUUGGAUAUCUCACGUCAUUUCCUGGCAGUUUACAACACACCGAAAAUCCAGGAGGAUAUUCCCAAGAGGGAUAUGGCCCUCCAGGCAGCCCUUCUCUUCUGCAUUCUCGCGCCAUACGACAACGAGCAGCAUGAUCUCCUACACCGGCUCGACCAGGAUAAAAUCCUGAAAGAGUCAACUAAAUACAAUCAAUUGCUGCAGCUGUUCAUCACUUCGGAACUCAUCGUAUGGGCUGGCAUCGCGCAAGAAUAUGAGCAAGAGCUGCGGGCUUCGACUGUUUUCAAAUCGGAGAAACGCUUCGAAGACCUGAAGAAGCGAGUCGUCGAGCACAACAUGCGCGUCAUGGCAAAAUAUUACACCAGAAUCCGCCUAGAGCGCAUGGCUCAUCUCCUGGACUUGUCACUUGCCGAGACUGAACAAACCUUGUCGAAUCUCGUCACCAACAAAGUCAUCUAUGCUAAGAUUGACCGACUUUCUGGGAUUGUGCAUUUCGUUCACCAGCAGAAAGAUCCCGAAGAAGUUCUAAAUGAUUGGUCCCACAACCUCAACUCGCUGAUGAGCCUGUUGUCUAGAACCACUCAUCUCAUAAAUAAGGAAGAAAUGGUUCAUCGACACCUGCAGCCAGUGGUCACGAUGCAUGAAUGAUCAUUCGACAUCUGUGGAUCAAACCAUUCAAAUUUCAAUGCCUCCUUGGCAAUCGGAGUGCGUGAAUUACGACGAUGGUGAUAGGUAACAAUAAAUGGAAAUAUAUGCUUUCAA